AUGUUCACCACACUCGUUUCUGCCGCUCUUUUGUCGCUUGCGAUUCGCGGGGCUCGUGCAGACUUUGCGAUCAACACCCCGACAUUCACCGAGUGUCAACCCGCCAACAUUUCCUGGUCUAAUACCGGUGCCGCGCCAUAUAGCUUGAUUGUUGUGCCCGCGAAUGAUCCUUGCGGUGAUGAAGUGGCCGACCUCGGCGACUUUUAUGGCACAUCCACGUCGUGGAAGGUCGCCCUUGCUGCUGGCGAGGAUGUAAUGCUUUCUGUCAUGGACGCUUCCGGUGAUGAAGCGUGGAGUGGCUCGGUGAGUCAUCCCAUCCGCGCCGGUAGUCUCACUGUUCUGUCACCGGGCAAAACCGACUGCUCGCGGGAUUGCUCAGACUUUGGCUCCCCAUUCAAGCAUGAGACGAGCUCACAAUUGCGCUGGUCGACAGACCCCGAGUAUAGACGCCUCAUAGUUGGAGAGUGA